CAAUGAAAAUUUUAAUGAAAAAACAGCUUUUUUUUUCAAAUGUCGCCAUUCUUUUCAAUUUGGUUUUUUUUCUUGCUUCAUGAGGUUCAAACGAUGCGUAAUGAUCUAUAAUUAAUAAAUAUUGUUGAAUAUUCUGUUUCAGACCAUUAUAGCGGAUGCUAGACUGCACACCGUUUGACGCCUGCGACGCCGAAGCCGCUGAAGGCGGCGUCCAUACCUAUAUCUAUAUAUGUUUUUUUUAACCAAAAAAAUAUUUUUAUAUUCUCUUUACAUGUAUUGAUGUACUAUUAAAGUUUGAGAUCCUUUGACUAAAUACGUUCUUGAAAAAAAAUUCCGAAAAAUCUGCUUCUUUUUGGCUCUUUACAUGAGAAUCCCCCCUUAAAGGGAUUUUAGAUGCUAAACCUUAUAAAGAUUUUAUAGUUUCUAAAAAAGAAUGUAUAGACCAUGUGCAGAAGCGUAUGGGCACGCGUCUGCGAAAUUAAAAAAAAAACACGAAAGGUCUUGGCGGUAAAGGCAAGUUAACUGCCAAAUUAAUCGACGAACUAACUGUAUAUUACGGCUUGGCCAUCCGGAUUCCGUCGAAAAAAUGCGAAACGACAUUUGGACAACUCUUUAUCACAAACUUUCCACGGAUGAAAUGCCGCAACACGAUAAAUGCCCGGUCGGUGUGGAUUCGUGGUGUUCGUGGCAAAGAGCGUAAGCCUUGGACAAUUUAUGUGAAUAUCAACAUAAGAUGCCUCUUCCAAAAGAAGUCUUUGACUGCCUGAAGCCAAUUUAUGAAGAUUUAAACAGCAACGAUUUACUCAAUCGUUGCUUAGGAGGUUUCACGCAAAAUAACAACGAAAGUUGCAAUUCGAUUAUAUGGUCGAUCGCUCCUAAAAUAGUUUCAAGUGGCAAAAUGGUGGUCGACAUUGUAUCCAAUAUUGCAGUUUCCACAUUUAACGACGGAUUAUCAAGCGUAAUGGAAGUCAUGCAAGUAAUGCAACUAACUGUGGGCCACAAUUGCUACAAUUUCUGCGUCAAGACAGACGCGCGCCGCGUGAAGGCUGCCGAGCGCUCACUCACAGAUGCCGCUAAAGAUGCUCGUAGGGCCUCCAGAUCAUCAAAAAAAAAAGAAGAGGAGGAGAAUAUUAAUCUGGAAGGACAGUUGUAUGGUGCAGGCAUCGCAGAAAAAAAGGUAAAUUAAAAAUUUCUAGAGUUAAAUACGAAAUAAUGUUACUCAAAACUUUAAACGCGUUUUUCUCGAAAUCACAUUUUUCAAAUUGGCUUGCAGCAUACCUUCAACGAACUUUAUUCGAUUCACUUAAAAUUUUAACAGUAGAUUCUGAACUAAAUUCUCUAAAGAAGUAUAUAGGAUUUUUACGAUUGGUUAACAACUUUGUUUGUUAUAAAAAAUUUUUCACUGAAUAUUGUUUAGGUGAAAAUGAAAACUGUUUUUCGAACGUUCGCCAUUUCUACAAAAAUCAAUAUUUUAACAUAUCCCUACGCACUUCUAUAGCAAAUCUAAUGUAGAUUAUGAAAAUAUUCCAUUUUUUGUUCUAGAUAAAAGUGUAGGACACUUCUGCUGCAAGCCCCGGAAGCCCUCCAGAAAAAAGCAUUUUUGUUUGCAGAGCUCUAGCGCUGCCAUUUUGUU